UCUAGAACAUUUAUAUUUCGAACAACUAACAACGUCUGCACUCCAAAUGCAAGGCGCAAUUAAGGAUGGGAGCUUCCGACUCGAAAUUAGUAUUUAAGAAGGGCAUCUUCAGGCUUUCAGAGGAUAAGAUUAUUCCUGCCGAUGACCCAUAUUGGGCUUCUGUAAGCUGAUCGCACAUCUUCAAGUGUGCUGUUACUGACUGAGCCUUGUUUAGUUUUGGGAGCUACCAGAAUCUACAGAAGAUAUCUUCAGUCUCUUCUCCCCUGCGGACAUUCGAAGAACCCGCGAUACCGCAUUAGAAAACUUAGAGACCCUGAUAUUAGCUAUAACAAGUCGACUGUUCGUUCUCCGGCAUCACCCCUCAUUCCCUCAUCCGGAGUUUGCUCCGGAAAGAGAUGCAUUGAAUUGCAUUCGGAUUCUCACACGCAUUCUACCAUACGUAUACGAAGCCGAGAAACUACAAUCAUGGGAAGAGACAUUCUUUUGGGGUUCAAGGAGGAAACGGACACGGUAUCUGAUCGCACAUCAAUGUUGAUUGAUUCAGUCACUGACGGUUUUGUAGCAAGGCAGCUCUUGCCCGAGAUGUGAUAUUCGAUGAAUCCCAGGAAGAGUUACAAAAGCUUGAAGCUGCGGCGCAAGAAUUCGAGGAGAUCAAACCCUUGGCAGAAGAAUUGAUCGACACAUUGAUCGACUUGCUCUUCUUCGCGGACUUUACCCUCCCAAAACCACAAAAUAGUAAGAACAAAGUAUCGUAUGCUAUUUGGCAAAGCGGAGUAGGAUGCAAUACGCCAGUCGGCACGAGUAAAGAAUUUGAGAACAACCGCACCGAGAUACUAAGAUUGCUCUUGACUUUAACUAGUCAGAGCAUGUACAUGUCAGCGAACUUACUUCCCGUACAAGGUGUGAAGGCUAUCACGUAUAUCGCUACUUGUCCGGAUAAACAGGUUGUGCUAUCUGUGUUGUGCUCUUUACUGAACACUGUGAGGUUAUAUCAUCUUCAUCUAUAUACGAAUGCUAAUUUGUACAAAGACCUUGAAAUACAACCCGGCAAAAUGGCAAGUACCAUACAAUGUACAAGUUUUCAAAGACCCGAAACAGAUAUUAGUCACAUAUGCAUUGCAGGUCAGUCAAUAUACCAUCCGUUGGUCUCAGAGUCUGAUACUCGAACUCGUAGUUUUUACUUGCCAUUCUCCUAUAUCCAAUACCUGAAUCGGGUCCAGCCCAAACCAAGAAAAGUAGGAUUUGGUUCCUUUCUGUUUGUGGCUCCCAACUAACAUUGCUAGAUUUUUUCCGACAUUUUCUUGGUCGUCUACAUAGACCCCAAGAUUUUCAGUUCAUUGUAGAUGGAAUGACGAGAAUCUUGAACCAGCCUAUGAACGCUACUACUUCCUAUAUCCCGGGAAACCAAUCAUACGCGAAAUGUGCAUCAGAAAUGAUUAUGCUAUUCUGGGAAAUCACCCAGUGUAAUAAACGAUUCCGGUCUUUCUUGAUUGAUACGGAUCGAUCACACGAUUUCGUUAUUCUAAUCAUAUUCUAUUCCCUUGAAUAUAGGCUUGAUGCAUCUAAGCAAGGAGUUGUACGAAUGUGUAUUUUCAUAUUACAGACCUUGAGUGUGGAGCCGAACUUCGGCAAGAAUUUGAACAAGCGAUUUGAAGCCCAAGAUACUUUGCCACUGAGUAUUAGACUUCAGUCGUUCAACGGAACAUAUGCCGAUUUCCUUAUCCAAGUAGGUAUCAUGUAACAUGUUAACUCUCUGGCAAUACUGACCAAGAAAUAGUCCAUCUACAACAUAAUAACAACGAGCCAAGGAAAACUCACGGCCAUCUAUCCUGCAUUACUAGCAGUAAUAAAUAACAUCGCUGCUUAUCUGGAAAACAUUAGCGCUUCCACAUCUUCAAAACUCCUACAACUAUUUGCAUCAAUGUCAUCCCCCGGAUUUCUGCUAUCAAACGAGAGUAAUCAUGAUCUUCUUCAGUCUCUUCUGGAAAGUAUGAAUGCUAUCAUUGAGCAUCAGUUUCCUAGUGAGUCGUCUAAAUAUUAUCAUGUCUCUAAUGAGAAGUAGAAUGCUAACUGGUAUCUAGAAAAUCCUAAUUUUGUGUACUCUAUUUUGAGAAACAAGAAGAAAUUUGAAGGUAUAAUUGCAUUCUUUUUUUACUUUGAGUUCAAGCUGACUUUGAUUUAGCUUUACGGCACUUUACUUUGGAAAGUGGCCAAGAAGAGAUAGAAAGAAGAAACAGGCGCAAGAAAGAACGUCUAGCAGAAUCAGGAGAUGUAGAUAGUAGAAGAGGUUCUGCGGACAGCAUGCGAAGCCCAUCUAUAAAUCAUCAACGAGGGCCUUCGGCACUUAGUAAUGUCCCAGAGGAGGAUACUUUUGCCAUUGGGGAUGAUGAUGAUGAAGAUAGUGACGGUGAGGGACGUCCCACCCCAGCAGCGUCAACUCCCACAGAUCACCCUUCAAGGGCUUCCUCGAUAUCCUCGAGCAUUGACGAUACAGUUCCGACACAACUGCGGGGAAUGUCAGAAAAAGCGAGAGGGAAAAUGCCUGGUAGGUUAUUUUUUUGCAUUGAGUGGGCGAGUAAAAGUUACUAACUAGCAGUAGCUGGCAUGCCCACAUUUUCUAGGCACAAUAGCACAACUAGUUUAAGUAGCUACGCAGCAUUUCCAUCAAAUGGCGCAUUUGAACCUACACCUCAGUGGAUAGAGUCCUGGCUUCCCGAACUCCCACUCCAUACAAUCUUAACUUUAAUCGAUCAAAUUGAUCAACUCAUCUCAAAUCCUAACAAUCCUUCCGAUAUUCCUCCGACUAAUAUCCUCCGCACGAUCCAAAAAGCCGAAAUAAGAGGAAUAGAAACUACACCCAUUCGCAUUCAUUCCUUUGAGUGGACACCUUUAUCGCUUGGUUGGUACGAAUCCCUACUUUGGGCUUUCGUCUUUACAUCCGAAAUGCAGGUUGCGAAGGGCACCAUAGGUGUCUGGAAUGGCACAGCAAUCAAAUUAUUCAGGGUCCAAGAAGUAGCAGCACACGGACCUACAUUUAGCUCCCCGAGAGGUGCAGUUGAUGCCGUGGGAAGUAAUAUUGUCAGUAGGCUUGGUAGUAUGAAUUUGAGAGGUGUAGCACAGGGUGCUACGACACCAUCGCAACAGGGAAGUGGUGGCGGAGUUGGAGGUGGUAUUGUGAGGACUGGUACGGGAGGAUCUACAAGAAAUGAAUCACCACUGGGAGGUAGGAGUGCAAUUAUUCGAUGAGUCGACAUAGGAGCAUGGCUAGGUAUAGAGUGCGGCACGGUUUGGCAUACUUGCAUGCAAUUUGGCAAUAUCAUGGGAGAUUCACAUGCGAACUUCUCUUCAGCGUUGGCGUAUAGGGACAAGAUAAGAUAAUUUGCUAGUCUCGUAUAAAGCUAUGUGGUAGAACUAUGGAACCACUUUGAGCAAUUUCAAAUACCAAGAUCGGGACGAGAAAUGUCAGUAUUUCCCCUUUACUUUUUUGUGGCGAAAACGCCAAAUGAAGUGCUGCGCUAUUUUUUCAUGGCAAUGUAUGUGAUAUCCAAAGUAGAUAAGUCAAAUCUGAUUC